AUGAAAUCAAGUAAAUAUGAUCUGCGCGCGCCGUAUUUAUUGGGCGAACGAGCGCUAUUUAGACGCGUCGCGCGUUUCAGAUGUGGACUCAAGCAAGGAAAAGCGGGACGGAAAGCGAAUCGAGCAAAAGGUGGAGGCUACGAAUCUCACGAUAGUUAUGAAGAGCACGGCGGAACGACCUUCAUCGAGCGAAUCUUUUGCGACAUCGAUAACAUCCACGUGAUGCGCGACUCGCUCGCCAAGGUGAUCGAGGCACUCAACAAUCCAAACAAAAAAGGUGAAAAGAAGUGGUUCGAGUUGUUGGACGAUUCAAAAUGGAUGCAGCAUCUGAGGUUGAUUUUGAUAGCUUCAAAUCGCGUCGUCGACAGAAUAAAAAACAACGGCCAUUCCACCCUUAUUCAUUGUUCUGACGGGUGGGAUCGUACACCUCAACUUUCGGCUUUGUCGCAGCUUUGUUUGGAUGGGUACUAUAGGACUUUGGAGGGAUUCUUAGUGCUGAUAGACAAAGAAUGGUGCGCGUUUGGACACAAGUUUCAAGACAGAAUAGGACAUACAGUGAAUAAACCGCAAGAUACAGAAAGAAGUCCUGUCUUCAUUCAGUUCCUCGAUGCAGUCUACCAAAUCAUGUGUCAAUUCCCCGAAGCCUUCGAAUUCUCCGAACGCCUCUUGAUCUUCCUCGCCGAGCACCUAUUCUCUGCUCGUUUCGGCAACUUCCUUUUCAACUGCGUGAAAGACCGACUCGCUCAUAAUCUCCACGAAAAGACGAAAAGUAUUUGGUUUCAUAUUCUUCACAACGACCAUCGUGGACAGUUCUUGCAUCCGAUCUUUGACAAGAAUAGCCGUUGCAAAACGCUUGUUCCCAAUACAGCUGUAAUAAGGAUGACCUUCUGGAUAAGGCUUUACAACAGAUUCAAUCCAAGUACACCUAGAGAUCAACUUUUGGAAUGGGCGCUAAGAAGUCAGCAGAGACAGAGUCAAUCUGCACCAACAAACAUGUAG